UCCAGGAGUUUAUUGACGGGGCAGAGCACGGUCUGAUAUACAUGAGUCUGGGAUCCAAUGUCAGGAGCAGCGGUUUGCCGUGGCAGAAAGUCCAGGCCUUCCUGGACGCCUUUCGGGAACUCCCACAGCGCGUCCUCUGGAAGUGGGAGAACAAGACCCUACCCGGACAGCCACCAAACGUGAUGGUCAGCAAGUGGUUGCCUCAGCAGGACAUACUAGCUCACCGAAAAGUGCGCCUCUUCAUCACACAGGGAGGCCUUCAGAGCAUGAACGAAGCGAUGUAUCACGCAGUUCCCUUUCUUGCCAUUCCGUUCUUUGCUGACCAACCGUACAAUGUGGCCAAGAUUGUGCAAGCUGAACUUGGAGUCUCUCUGCAAUUCAACGAUCUCACAAAGGACUCCAUACUUCAACAUUCGCGAGCUGUUCUAGAGAAUCAAAGGUACAAAGAGAACAUGAACAGGCUAUCAGAGAUAUUCCGCGAGCACCAGGCGGACUCUUUGGAGCGCGCCGUGUGGUGGGUGGAGUAUGUGAUACGUCACAAGGGGGCCCCGCACAUGCGCAGUGCUGCCCUCGACCUGCACUGGUGGCAGCUGCUACUACUCGACGUCAUCGCUUUCAUCUUGCUGUCAACGUGCGCCGUUAUGUACGCCGCCUUCUACUUCAUACGGCAGAUCACUGUUGCGAUGAAGGAUACUAAGAGAAAAGUGCAGAAACAGUUGUGAUGUACGACGCCUCUAUUUAGCUGUUUAAUCACGUUUCUCAUACUGAACUGCCUCAUAUGUUGAAGAGUGUACUCUUCUUUCUAAGUAUGAUUCAUGCUAUAAACAUUAUGAUGUGAAUGCACAACACCAGAUUGAUCCUGUUA